AUGAUUAUUAUAUUUUUUUUCCUUUAUUCAGUACUAUCAUAUACAUUUGUGAUUCAUGGAGAAAAUACAACCACUAUCGAAUAAGACUCAAUUUUAUCUUCCAAAUUUUCUCAAACAAACCCCAUUUAAACUCAAUGCUCCCCUAUUCGACUUUACAUUGUUGGCUCAACUUAAAAUCAAAGCGAAUUUAUUGUAAAAAACAAUAAUGAAACCGAUUUACACUUUUAAUUUAACAUCACCUCAGUUGACAACGAUAUCAUAAGUGUUCAUCAUAAUAAAUAAUUAGAACAGAUUACAAUAAAACCUAAUAAUUCAUUUGAAUUUCAUGUAAAUUAUAUCUGCUUGAAGGAAAUCGGAGAAUAAACUUGGACAACAAUUCAAAUUAUAUAUUAAUUUAACGAAAACCAACACAUUGCAUAUUAUUACAAACUCUGUGGAGCAUCAGAGACAUUUUUUCAUCCAUUAGCAGUUUUGUUGUUUUUUUCCUUAUGUAUUAUAGUGAGCGGGUCUAUUUAUGGAAUUAAGGAAUGGAAAUUGUUUGGGGGAGCCUAGACAGAAGCUUAUGGACCUAAAGCUGCUAUUAUUUUUAUAAUUGUUUCGAGCUUUCUUCUGA